CAAAAGAAGCCCAAAUAAGCGCGUCUCCUCCGAAUCCAAUCUCCACUCUACAACCGUCAGAUCCAACCAUGCCCCGUGCCGUAAAAGGUGUCCUAAUUGAGUGCGACCCAUCCGUAAAGGCCAUAAUCCUCAAAUACGACCAGGAGCGGCACGAUUACAUCGUCGAGGACCUUGAUGACGAGCGCCAUCUGGUGAUUAAAGAAAGCCAGUUGCAGCACUUGAAAGCGCGCCUGAGUAACGAGCUGGAUGAGAAGAUCAUGCAACCGGAGGAGUCCGAGUCGGAGUGA